CGGAAGCAACCAAACCAACACCGGCACCACCAACAAACCACAACCACCGCCCCAACACUUGGCGCGCCAUGCCUCCCAAGAACGCUCUCCCAAUCCUGGCCGCGGCGGCGGACGGUGUGUGCCUGGAGCCUCGGUUCCGCGGCGUGCGGAAGCGGCCGUGGGGCCGGUACGCGGCGGAGAUCCGCGACCCGGCCCGGAAGGCGCGCGUGUGGCUCGGCACCUUCGACACCGCCGAGGCGGCCGCGCGCGCCUACGACGCCGCCGCGCUCCACUACCGCGGGCCCAAGGCCAAGACCAACUUCCCCGUCGCCGCCAACGCCGCGCUCGCCUUCGUCCCGCCGCCGCCCAAGCCGCUCGCCGUCAGCCCCAGCAGCAGCACCGUCGAGUCCUCCUCACGGGACACGCCGGCCGCCGCGCCCGCGCCCGCGGCUCCUGCGCCGCCGGCGCCGGUGCUCGACCUCAGCCUCGGGAUGCAGGCCAUGGUGGCCGCGCAGCCGUUCCUGUUCCUCGACCCCAGCAGGGCCGCGGUCACCGUCGCCGUCGCAGCUCCCACGACGCUGCCCUGCCGCGCAGCCGCCAUCAACAAGCAGAGCCGCGAAGAAGAGCAGAGCGACACCGGGUCGUCGUCAUCCGUGGUGGACGCCUCCCCGGCCGUCGGCGUCGGGUUCGACCUGAACCUGCCGCCGCCGAUGGAGAUGGCGUAGGAAGAGAUCGCUCCACUCAACCGAUCUCGAUCGCCCGAUGACAGACAGACAGAUAAUCCAUACGUCUCCGGAGCUAGUAGUAAAGCGCGCGCGCGCUCGCUCUCGCUCGCUCGUAUAAUAGAAUCCAAGCUUAGUGUAAUAGUAAGAGGUUAAUCGGCCGUUUAAUUGCCAGGAAGAUCGAUCCAUCAGGGUAACUAGGUGUACAUAGAUCGCGUGCGUGCGUGCGUUUGUUUUCCUUUUUUUUUUUUGCAUGGGGAGGUCGAUCGAUCAGUAGAUGUGAUCAGAUGCACUGAUGCUGAUCUCCCCAUGUUGCAGUUCCUUUAAAAGUAAGGGAAGAAGCCAGCCAGAAGAGCAUUUUGCUGCUGUUGUUCAGUGUAAAAUAUUAUUUAUAUUAAUCUCUGAUUAAUGAGCAAUUUUAUGAUUUC